AUGGGGCCUUUGCCAAAGGCAGGACAAAGGCAGGGAAAUACGGCUCUCACUCCCAGAGACAAAAGUAUGCAGGAGCACACUGUUCCCAGUGGAGGCGCCACUCUUGUCUCCUCGGCUUCAUCAGUAUCGUCUCCGGGUGCACUCGCCGGGAGCAACAAUUCGUCGAGAACGCCGUCGAUGCGCACUUCGGAGCUCGCGAGGGGCUUCCAACGCUUGCCUGCUGAGCUACGCCUCAAGAUCUGGUGGUGCGCCACCGAGCCGCGCGUCAUCAUUUUAGAUGAUCUUCUUCGCUGGCCGCAUGCCUAUCCCCUGCCCUCAGUCGCCCAGAUCAACCGCGAAGCUCGAUUUGAGUCUCGAAAAGGAUAUGUGGCCGUUGGUCCUGGCCAAUCUUCCCACGUACAUUUUGGCAGAGACAUUUUCGUCUGCGAUGCAAGCAUCACCGAGGCUACUUCAGAUGAGCCCCUAGAGGCGCUUGCUACCCGGGUCGAGCGGCUCGCAUUCUGGGAUUGCUUCCCGGAUGAUAAUCGAGUGGAACUACCAUACUUCUACUCAACUUACCUUGCGGCGAGCCAGGCAGCAGCCAGUGCUGCUGUGAUGUCCACUGGGACAGUGCCAUUCUCAUCGGGAAUAGCUGCGCCUUCCAAUGGACCAAGACUUCCAGCCGUUGAUUUUGAUAAGCUCUGGUUUCCAAAUCUGCGAGAUUUAUGGAUUGUGAAAGUCGGCGGCGUGAACAGGGCAUGGCUGAUUGACGCAGACUUGGAGCAAGAAGCGGCGCCCGAAAAAGUUACCACAGCGGAGGCAUCAUCACCUUGCCUUUCAGCAGCGCCUCUUUCACAGCACCCACACUCCCGCCAGACGGCUCGAAAAUUUCGGUAUUGGGUGCAGGAUAAUGUCGUUGAAAUGGCACCCCUCAGUCUAGACGAUCCGGACACCCGUCUAGUGCUACGUGAAGGCCGCUGCGGCAAAACAGACUGCCAGGAGCUCAAUCGCGGACGUCCGAUUCUGCUAUCUAAAGUAUCCUUUAUGGAAGGAAAGUAUCGUCCGUCCCAGGGAUGGCUGCGCAUUGCACCAUGGGACGGGCGUGACACCGACGACUCAAGCACCAGUGAAGGCAGUAUUCCUGGCAAAGAUAUGGGCGAGGGCAGGGGCAAUAAGCCUAGGAAUUGCUCUCGCGACUCGAUGCGGUGGGUAGUUGUCGAGAGAAUCCUUACUUUUUCACUUCGGUGGGAGUCUUCCGAUGAUACAGACGAAGGCUCACGCCGACACAUUGGAGCCCAAAGCCAUGCUUAG